UAACCAUUUUGCCUAUUUAUUGAUUCAUCAAGUUUGUUUCCAUACAAUUGAUCAAGAGACUAAUAACAAAAUCAAUAAAGACGAUGAGAAUAAUUAAAGAGAACAUAAAUAAAUAAUGAUCUAUCAUUAAAAACUUGAUUAUUCUAUUAUAAAAUUGAUUCAUUCCUGUUAAUAAAUUUCAUUGAAAUUACUGAUAUUUUAUUAUUAGUAGUAUUAUUAUGUAUGAAAAUCGGAGUGAUUGGCUUAUUAACCAAUUGUUACCAUCGAAACCUGAUCCAAGAUUAUCAAAUUAUCCAUUCAUGUCAACAUGGACACCAACUGCAUUGAUUUCAUUCAUUUAUUGUAUCAUUGUAUAUAUAUGGCGUAUAAAAUUAAUACAAAAGAAAGAAUCAAAUACAAAUGAAAAUAGUAUGAAAAGAAUAAAUAGAAUACAAUGGAUUCAAUAUUAUAUGGCAUUAUAUAAUUUUACUAUGGUUAUAUUUUUUAUAUAUUUAUCAAUAUCUAGUUUAAUUGUCAUACGUCAAUUGAAUUAUGGUUUAGGUUGUAUUGAAUUACCCGAUCCGAAUGAUAAACGUACAGAUGAUUUAGUGUAUUAUGGUUAUUUAUACUUUAUUUCAAAAUUUAUUGAAAUGUUAGAUACAGUGUUUUUUUUAUAUCGUGGUAAAGUGGAUCAAGUGACAUUUUUACAUGUAUUUCAUCAUGCAUCCAUGCCACCAUCAGUAUGGUGGGGUUUAAAAUAUGCACCUGGUGGUGUAUUAUAUAUGUUUCCAUUAAUCAAUAGUUUUGUGCAUAUUAUUAUGUAUACUUAUUAUGGUUUAGCAGCAAUUGGUUAUUAUCAAUAUUUAUGGUGGAAAAAUUAUGUGACAUUAAUACAAUUAAUACAAUUUUUAUGGUUUAUUAUACAUCAAGGACAAUUUAUAUCAUUUAAUCAUCAUUGUAAUUUUCCUAAAAUAUUCCCCAUUAUUGUAUGUUUAUAUUCUUUUCUAUUUUUUAUAUUAUUUUUAAAUUUUUAUAUAAAAGCAUAUUGGAAAAAAGAACGUUUAGUUAAAAAAUUAAAGAAAAAUUGAAUAAGAAAAAUACUAAAAACAUUUUCGAGAGAAAAAAACAAAAAAAAAGAAAAAACCAAAAAAGAAAAAACACGAUCGAUUAUUAUUCAUUUAAGUAAAAUGAAAAAUGGUAAUAUGAUAUUACAUAAUGAGUGAAACAAAUUGGAUGGU